AGGGUGUGCUGUUACGAUACAUAUGUGUAUUUUAGCGGUAAUCUUGUUUCCCGCUGAAUGCGUUGCGCUAAAUUAUAAUUGCGUUUAAUGCAAAUUCCAUGUCAAUAAACUAGUUCUAUAAUAACUAAUAUGGGUGCGACAAUUCAUCAUUGCGCUAAUCUGUCAAAAAUAAUAAUCCGCUAAACGUUGGUGUAGUGCCCUAAUUAAGCCCAAUUACAAUAAACUGAAAUCACCAGCCUACCUGUUUGCCUGCGGGAGCUCAUUCAGUUAGAUCAUUGGCCUUUGUAGCCCCAGGUGAAGAUCCGAGGUGCGGGGAUCCGACGCUCCGUAUGUUGUUACUCGGUAAGGUAGCUACCAGCUACUACAAGCAUACCUAGCCUUAAAAUGAUCCUGGGUGAUUACGAUAAACCCGACAAUCAAUACGAAGACACAAAUAUACCUAUCUAUCUUACUUAAAGUUUAUUUUUUUUUUUAUUUUUCUUCAUUUUAUUGUAGAAUCUAUUGAUAUUUAUGACAGGAUUUCUGCUGUGCUGUAUAUUCCGAUACGUCAGCUGUCUUGAGGGCUACUGGAGAGAAGCACCUUUACUCCGGAACUAUCUACUUGACUCCGAAAACGUCUCAACGAUAGUCUCUUCUCUUUUCAACUGUAUGACACAAUGUCUAAUGACGGACGAAUGCUAUUUUAUUUCCUAUAUAGCUGUCACUUCCGUCUGUGUACGCCACAGAAAAUGGUUAGAACACCAACCGCAGAACUCCUCUUCUGUCUGGAGUCGAAUGGUCUGGCAAGGAUCAAAUAUUUCUACGCCACAUACCUUGGGGAAUGAUGUCGGCUGUCCACUCGGAUGGCACAGAUUUGAAGCGUCAUGUUUCCUCUUUGCCGACGUAUCUAUGAACUGGGCGGAAUCUGUGACAUACUGCCAGAAAUGGGACGCCAGGCUGGCCGAGGUAGACAAUGAACCGAAGGCAACCUUUCUUCGGGAAAUCGCAGUCUCUAGAUCAGAAUUAGUUGGUUUGUGGUUGGGCGGAUCCGAUAUUGUUGAGGAAGGCACUUGGGUAUGGACGACUUCCGGUUCUUCGAUAUCAAUAUACAAUGACUGGAGAGUAGGAGAGCCGAACGGUAUUAGCAGACCGGGACGUCACGCUGAUUGCCUAAGCAUGCCGAAGUACUAUGGCUUUCUUUGGGAUGAUUAUUACUGCGAUGGGGCAUUGGUCCCUGUAUGCGAGAAACUAGAUCAAUGAACUAGUAAACAUUACACUAGUGCAAAUCUCAAUGAGAGAUGUACAUGUACAACUACGUGUAGACGACUGGAUAUAUAGAUAAACCAAACUAUUAAUGCUGCUGUAUAUAUUCAUUCUAUUUUUUUUUCUAGUACUGUUUAUAUAUCAUGUGAUUGUAUUUGUAUUCUUUGUGUCUUGAAAAAGGGGCGGAUUGACUUAAAAAAAAGACAUUUUUCAUUGUCCAUGCUGUUGGAAUUAGUUCUUUGUCCCAUAUCAACAUUUUAAGUAAUUCGUAUCCUACUGCAUAAGUUUGCAAGGAUCCAUUGUUAUCCACAAAAUUACCGAUUAUACUUUUUCUUUGACCCAUAUUUACCUAUACACAUGUACAUACUAAUUUACCUACAUAUAUGUUUAUUUAUCUAAAAAAUAUGUAUUUCUCUGUAUAUAGUUAUUUAUCUGUAUGUAUAUCUAUUUUCGCGAGCUAAGUUCUAAGCCUGUUUUUCACUUCCAAUGAAAAUGUUUGUAAUUAUAUAUACAGU